AUGUCACAAGGUAGAAAGGCAGCAGAAAGAUUAGAAGGUAAAAUUGUUUUAAUUACUGGUGCAUCUGCAGGUAUUGGUGCAGCUACAGCAGUCGAAUAUAUGGAUGCGUCUGAUGGUAAGACCAAAUUGAUUUUAUGUGCUCGUAGACUAUCUAAAUUAGAAUCUUUGAAGAACGAGCUUUUACAAAAAUAUCCACAUGCAAAGAUUUAUAUCGCAGAAUUGGAUGUAACUAAUAUUGAUGCAAUUAAACCGUUUUUGGAUAACUUGCCAGAAAAAUUUAAGGAUAUUGAUAUCUUAGUUAAUAAUGCUGGUAAAGCUUUAGGCUCUGAUCCAGUCGGUGAGAUUGACAUUGAGGAUAUAAAGGGAAUGAUGGAUACAAAUGUUAUUGCAUUAAUUAACAUGACACAAGCUGUAUUGCCUAUAUUUAAGAAAAAAAAUUCAGGUGAUAUCGUCAACCUUGGUUCAGUAGCAGGAAGAGAAGCGUACCCAACUGGGUCCAUCUAUUGUGCAUCCAAAUUUGCUGUAAAAGCAUUUACUGAUAGUUUAAGAAAAGAAUUGAUUAAUACUAAAAUUAGAGUCAUAUUGAUUGCACCUGGUGUUGUUGAGACUGAAUUUUCAGUCGUAAGAUAUAAAGGUGAUACUAAAAGGGCUGCUAGUGUUUAUCAAGACGUAUCUCCUUUAAUGGCAGAGGAUGUUGCCGAUUUGAUUGUUUAUUCUACUUCAAGACGUAAUAACACUGUGAUUGCAGACGCUUUAAUUUUCCCAACUUCACAAGGUUCUCCAUAUCAUAUCUACCGUAAUACUUCUAAAUGA